CCCCCGAAUUCCCCACGCUUCACUUUUUUCAUACUUACAUAUAAAUAUACCAAACAUGUAUCCUCUCAAUAUCCUUCACCACCCCACCCAUAUUAUAUAUAUACCAUCCAUAGAGAAAAAUAUUAUUUUUAAAAAAAAAUUAUAAUGAUUCAUUUGCUAGAAUAAUAUAUGAGUGUCAAUUUCAGUACCAGUGUUAGUAUCAGUUUUGAUAUUAAAAAAAUAUUUUAAAGAGUUUAAUUUUGUUUUGAUAGGGUUAUAAAUUUGUGACUAUAGAUUUUCUAUAUAUAUAAUUUUUAUUUAUAUAUUCUUAUUUAUUAUAUAUAUGGCUGACCCUCCACCCCAUACUAACUUGCGCCAGGUAGACCAACUAUCAUACCUUGACCCUCCUCCUCCGGCACAUUCUGUAUCUAUCACCACGUGUGAAAAUAUAUUCUCUCCUUAUCAUCACCACCGCCCAAACGCCGCCAUGAGUUCCACCUCCUCCGGCGGCUCACCCAGCCGCCCACCUCCCGGAAAACAUCCAAUCUACCGGGGAAUACGGAGCCGGAGCGGAAAAUGGGUGUCGGAGAUUCGAGAGCCCCGGAAAACUACCCGUAUAUGGCUGGGCACCUACCCGACGCCGGAGAUGGCGGCCGCUGCCUAUGACGUGGCUGCCCUAGCUCUCAAGGGCAAUAAUGUAAUUCUCAACUUUCCAGAAUAUCUUCAUGGGUAUCCGGUCCCGGCUUCUUCGGCGGCGGCGGAUAUACGCAGUGCAGCUGCCUCCGCCGCUUUGUUAAUGAAACCGGAAUCUGGUGUGAAUCCGAUGGCGGCGCUGCCGGGUGGUGAUGGUGGUGGUGGGUCGGCCCCUGCAGCUGGACAUGAAUUUGUCGAUGAGGAGGCAUUGUUUGGCAUGCCGAAUUUGCUGGUGGAUAUGGCGGAGGGAAUGCUGAUGAGUCCGCCGAGGAUGAACUCGUCGCCAUCUGACGAUUCGCCGGGAAAUUCUGACGGAGAAAGUCUAUGGAGCUAUUAUUAACAAGGGUUUUUGAGCAUACGAUUCCAAAUUAGGGUUUUAAAUAUCGGCUGUAUCACGAUUGUGGAGUCUUUGGUUCGAUGCCAUUAUCUAUCCAUAUGUCAGGUGAUAUAGUGUCUGAUAUUGAAUCAUGAAAGAAAAACUUAAACCCAAAUAAGCCAAAAGUUUGAUAGCAUCAGGGAAUGAAGAACUGGUGGUUGUCGAGAGCUUUUCUUUUUUUUUUUUUUUU